CUAAAGCUGUUGACUGCCAGCGGGCCGUGGCGGCGGAAUGGCUUGAGUUUCUUGUCUGAGGGGGAGGGAAGGCGCCGCGCGGAGGGGGCGGGCUCCGAGAAAUCCGUUCGCGGGAGGGGACACGACUUUGUCCAAGUUGGGAAGAAGUGGUGGGUCCUAGUUGGAGAGUCGCCAUCUGUGGAUCUUGCUGGAGAGGCGUUGAAGUUGGGAUUGUGCUGGACACGCGGACGCGCGCCUCGUCGACUUGACACCCCGUGCACGCGCUCGCAGCCCCCGUCCCCAUUUGCCCAGUUGCGCGCUCUUUAAAAUGGCCGAGGAGCAGGAACUGAUCAGUGCGUCCGAGUUCUCCAAAGAUCGAUUAUAUUUCGCAACUCUGAGGAACAAGCCGAAGAGCACCGUCAAUACCCAUUACUUUUGCACGGACGAGGAACUCGUUUAUGAAAAUUUCUAUGCAGAUUUUGGUCCACUUAACUUGGCUCAACUGUAUCGAUAUUGUUGCAAGCUUAAUAAGAAAUUGAAAUCAUUUACUUUGUCACGUAAGAAGAUCGUUCAUUAUACCAGCUUUGAUCAACGAAAACGAGCUAAUGCUGCUUACCUAAUUGGUGCUUAUUCAGUCAUUUACCUUCGAAAGACACCAGAAGAGGCCUACAGAUCUCUUGUAGCAGGAAAGAAUCCUCCUUACAUGCCAUUCAGAGAUGCCUCCUUUGGGAAUUCCACCUACCAUCUAACUAUUCUAGAUUGUUUACAUGCAAUAAAUCAGGCCUUGCAACAUGGCUUUCUUAAUUUUGAAAAAUUUGACGUGGAUGAGUAUGAACACUAUGAGCGUGUUGAAAAUGGUGAUAUUAACUGGAUCAUCAAUGGCAAAUUUCUGGCUUUUAGUGGACCUCAUUCAAAAAGCAAAAUUGAAAAUGGUUAUCCUCUCCAUGCGCCAGAAGCCUAUUUUCCAUACUUCAGGAAACACUGUGUUACCACAAUCAUAAGACUUAACAAGAAAAUUUAUGAUGCUAAACGCUUCAUGGAUGCUGGGUUUGCACAUCAUGACCUGUUCUUUGUUGAUGGAAGUACACCGAGUGAUUCUAUUGUGAAAAGAUUUUUAACAAUAUGUGAGAAUGAGGAAGGUGCUAUUGCGGUACAUUGUAAAGCUGGUUUAGGAAGAACGGGCACACUGAUAGCAUGUUACAUAAUGAAACACUACAGAUUCACUGCAGCAGAAGCCAUAGGAUGGAUUCGAAUUUGCCGACCAGGAUCUAUAAUUGGUCCACAGCAGCACUUCUUGGAGGAGAAACAAGGUCACAUGUGGCUUGAAGGUGAUAUUUACAGGUCUGUGAAGAAACGGCGAGCUAUGGAUAAAGAAUGCACUGGAUUAAACCAGAUCAUUUCCGGCAUUGAUAAUCUCUAUCUUGGUGGAAACAUGAAGAUGCAUUCUAUAGACAAGAGUUUGGAGAACAAUUGUCCUGAAGAUGGAAACCCUGCAACAACAAAUUGUAUGACUCAGGGAGAUAAACUUCGUGCCUUAAAAUGUAGGAGACAACCACGAUCAGCAACUACUGGAACAUUAAGGCUAGAUGAUAUGAAAAUUCAUUCAAGAUCUCCAUCACAACCAUUCAGGGUCAAUUAUUCAAGUACUGGCCAAGGAUCAAUGUCACCUCUAAAAUCAUCAAAGAUCUCAAUUACUUCUGCAAGUCCACGAAGAAUAUGCAGAAAUCCUUGCCCUGCAAACAGUAAUAACAAAAGCUUCUCCAUAAACUCCAGGCUAGGCAGUUCACUAGGAAAUCUGUAUGCUGCCCCGGAUGAACCUGACAACAUAAUGACAUCAACUCCUAGGUCAAGUUUUACAGCUGGUUAUACCUCCAACCAACCUUGUAACAACUCGCAGCUUCCUGCGAGAUUUUACCAAGAACUGAACAACAACUACUACAGCAAAUGCAACAGUGGUACUACUUGCAGUAUUCCCAUCAAUACUUGUUCCCGUCCGAAGGAUGAUCACAACUGUAGAAAUACCUUUGGUGGCCUCAGUCCUGGCACCAUGCGAUACCUAAGUCGUUCACACCCUUCACUUCAGUCUGAAUAUGUUCAGUAUUAAAGCAUCACUACUCCGCUGAAAAUGGAAAAUACUGUGAUUGGAAAAAGCAACGAAACUGAAGUGAAGACUAACCUCUUUGGGCUCGAAACUAGGGAACCUUUAUUUAAAUAAUUUGUAAAGGUCUAGUAAUUGCUGCAUUGAAAUAGCAAUACUUUGGAAAUAACUUUUCAGGAUUACAUCAUGUAUUGAGAGCUGAUAAAUCAGUAUUGCUGAACUAUAAGUUUCUAGUUAAUGACCAGUUCUCCAUUUUGCUGUGCUGUCAUAAACAGCAGUUUGAUUAACACCUGCUGACAAGUGAAACCUGGCAGCUGAUUUAGCUGAAAUAAGGCAAGACUUUAGGUUCUUGUAAAACACACUGCAAGAUCCUAAAUAAAAAGUUAAGCCUGGGAAUAUAAUAAUCCUCCAUUGCUUAUGUUUACACCAGUGAACCAUUUACAAGGUGCAUUAUAGCAAGGAACAUGUGGAAGUUGAUUCUGCACCUCUUCUACAGCCUUAAACAGCAUCCCAUAGCAGUAGUGAUGGAGAGACUUGGUUUUGCAGUUCUUAAAACAUGAAAACCAUUGAGUUCCAGUAUUUGCUAUCUCCUGCACUUCCCUGUAUUCACAUUGCACAUUAUCCCCAGUUCUAACCAAGCUGCUUAAGGGAGCACUUUUAUGUCAGUGUACUUCUCCACCUUGCGAUGGUAGAAGUAAUGUGUGUCCAUUAUCCAGAUGACUGCAGCCUUCAGGCUGUAACGUUAAAACAUAACAAUCCAGAGGUAUUCAAAUGGCAAGGAAGAUGGGGUUUACGAUACACAAAAUACUCUGCAGAUGCUGGGGUCAAAGCAACACGCUGGAGGAACUCAGCAGGUUGGGUAGCAUCUGUGGAUACGUUUCAGGCCAAAACCCUUUGUCAGUCCUGACAAAGUGUCUCAGCCCGAAACAUUGACUGUUCAUUUCCACGGACGCUGCCUGACCUGCUGCGUUCCUCCAGUAUGUUGUGCGUGGGGUUUAGGAUAGAUCUGAACAAACAAAUUAGAUGGACAAAAAUUAUAUUGAGAGUUUAAUCCAUUAUUUUGAGAAAUGCACCAGAAAUAAAACACAAACCAUUGAACUGAUUUCUAUUAGGUUUGAUUUAACAACUUACUUUUUAAAGAAGCAAGCUGAUAAUACAACUCUGACUUGCUUUGAAUUGUGCACUUAUAAAAAUCACAAGUGUGUAAAUAUACAGUUACAAAUUUUUCAUGUAAGGAAGGUUAACUGAGAUUUAUAUUUUUGUUCCAAGAUCUGUUUUAUAAAUUUACUUUUCAUAUUGAUAGUGUAUGUAUAAAUAUGUAUAUACAGUAUAUGGUAUCUUAAAUAAAAGUAUCAUUUGCCCUGUACUUUCCAGAUGUUCUAAUGUAGUGGCAUUUGUGUUUUAGUAAACAUACCAUUCAGGUAAUGUUAAUAUAACUCAAAAUUAAUUUCUGUCUGUCCGUUCUGGACUAAGUUUCAAAAUGUUAAAGCUUUUUGGACAGCUUAAGUUAUGCCCACAUAUGGGGGAAAAUUGAUUUAGCUUAAUCAAAUAAGUGGUAAGAUAAUUUGGACAGACACAAAAAUCAGUUUGUUUUUUUAAGAUGGGGGCAGGGUAAAACUUUUGAUUUCUGAAUAACAUUUUAAAAUUAUCUUGUAAAUCAACUGGAGCAAAUCCUUGUCUUUAGUGUUAUUAGUACAAUAGAGCUAUAUUAAUAUAAUUGCAGUAAAAUCAUUGAUUUGUUAUAGUAUACUAGCUCAAAUUAUAAUGUUUGCUGUUUAAACUGAUGGUUGUAUAUUUCAACAAAAUGUGGGCUGCAGAAAUGUAUUGUCAAAAUUCUACCUCUUGAAAAGAGAUUUGAAAUUUAGAGCUUGGAGCUCUUGUAUUUUCCAUGCUCUGAAGUUUUAAAAUUUUUAUGCUAAUUUCUUAACCAUAGGCCAGUAUUUUUAAAUACUCAAUUAAAGUUCCAUUUCAAAUAUUAAGAUACUGUCUGUUUGAUUUCACUGCUUUAAUUC